AUGCGCGGCCGAGGGAAUGCGCGCAGCUCGCGGGCCCUGGCAGUGAGCUGGCGCCCGGCGACCUGGCACCCGCGCCUGGAUAUGGGGCGGCUAAGUCGUCCCAGGAGCAGCACCAGCCACAGGAACCUGCCGCAUCUGGUUCUGUUUUUCCUCUUCGUGGGACCCUUCAACUGCCUUGCAAGUUACAGCCGGGCCACGGAGCUUCUGUACAGCCUGAACGAGGGGCUGCCCGCGGGGGUGCUCAUCGGCAGUCUGGCCGAGGACCUGCGGCUGGUGCCCCGGGCGGCUGGGAGGCAGGACCAGCGGUCGCAGCCGCUGGAACGCACCGGCGCCGAGCCGAGCCCUCCUCUCUCCUUCAGCCUGGCCUCCCGGGGACUGAGUGGCCAGUACGUGACCCUAGACAACCGUUCAGGAGAGUUGCACACUUCAGCCCAGGAGAUCGACCGGGAGGCCCUGUGCCUUGAAGGAGGCGGAGGGGCCGCCUGGGGCGGCAGCAUUUCCAUUUCCUCCUCCCCUUCUUCUGACUCUUGUCUUCUGCUUCUGGAUGUACUGGUCCUGCCUCAGGAAUACUUUAGGUUUGUGAAGGUGAAAAUAGCUAUCCAGGACAUCAAUGACAACGCCCCGGAGUUCCCUGUUUCCCAAAUCUCGGUUUGGAUCCCAGAAAAUGCACCUGUAAACACCCGGCUGGCUAUAGAGCAUCCGGCCAUGGACCCAGAUAUAGGCACUAAUGGGGUGCAGACCUACCGCUUACUGGACUACCAUCGUAUGUUCACCCUGGACGUGGAAGAAAAUGAGAAUGGGGAGCGCACUCCCUACCUAAUUGUCAUGGGACUGUUGGACAGGGAGACCCAAGACCAGUAUGUGAGCAUCAUCAUAGCUGAGGAUGGCGGGUCUCCGCCGCUGUUGGGCAGUGCCACCCUCACCAUUGGCAUAAGUGACAUUAAUGACAAUUGCCCUCUUUUCACAGAUUCACAGAUCAAUGUCACUGUGUUGGGGAAUGCUACAGUGGGCACACCAAUUGCAGCUGUCCAGGCUGUGGAUAGAGACUUGGGGGUCAAUGCUCAGAUCACCUACUCGUACAGCCAGAAAGUUCCUCGAGCAUCCAAGGAUUUAUUCCACCUGGAUGAGACCACUGGAGUCAUUAAACUUUUCAGUACCAUUGGGGGAAGUGUCCUCCAAACACACAAGCUCACCGUCCUGGCUAAUGGGCCAGGCUGCAUUCCUGCUGUGAUCGCUGUCCUGGUGUCGAUUAUUAAAGUCGUUUUCAGGCCACCUGAAAUCGUUCCUCGUUAUAUCGCAAAUGAGAGAGACGGUAUUGUUUACCUGAAAGAACUGGAACCUGUUAACACUCCAAUUGCUUUCUUCACCAUUAGGGACCCAGAAGGUAAAUACAAGGUGAACUGCUAUUUGGAUGGUGAAGGCCCAUUUAGGUUGUCACCGUACAAACCGUACAAUAAUGAAUAUUUGCUAGAAACCACAAAACCUAUGGAUUAUGAGCUACAGCAGUUCUAUGAAAUAGCUGUGGUGGCCUGGAACUCUGAAGGAUUUCAUGUCAAAAAAGUUAUUAAAGUGCAACUUUUAGAUGACAAUGAUAAUGCUCCUGUUUUCCUUCAAUCCUUGAUAGAACUAACCAUUGAAGAAAACAAUGCACCCAAUGCCUUUUUGACUAAGCUGUACGCUACAGAUGCUGACAGUGGAGAGAGAGGCCAAAUUUCAUAUUUUCUGGGACCCGAUGCUCCAUCGUAUUUUUCCUUAGACAGUGUCACAGGAAUUCUGACAGUUUCCACUCAGCUGGACCGAGAAGAGAAAGAAAAGUACAGGUACACGGUCAGAGCUGUUGACUCUGGGAAGCCACCCAGAGAAUCAGUAGCCACUGUGGCUCUCACAGUGUUGGAUAAAAACGACAACAGCCCUAGGUUCAUCAACAAGGACUUCAGCUUUUUUGUGCCAGAAAACUUUCCAGGAUAUGGUGAAAUUGGAGUAAUUAGUGUAACAGAUGCCGAUGCGGGGCGAAAUGGAUGGGUCGCUCUCUCUGUGUUGAACCAGAGUGAUAUUUUUGUCAUAGACACAGGAAAGGGCAUGCUGAGAGCCAAAGUCUCUUUGGACAGAGAGCAGCAAAGCUCCUAUAUGUUGUGGGUGGAAGCUGUUGAUGGGGGUGAACCUGCCCUUUCCUCUACUGCAAAAAUCACAAUUCUCCUCCUAGAUAUCAAUGACAACCCUCCUCUUGUUCUAUUUCCUCAGUCUAAUAUGUCUUACCUGUUGGUACUACCUUCUACUCUCCCCGGCUCCCCAGUGACAGAGGUCUAUGCUGUUGACAAAGACACAGGCAUGAAUGCUGUCAUAGCUUACAGCAUCAUAGGAAGAAGAGGUCCUAGGCCUGAGUCCUUCAGGAUUGACCCUAAAACUGGCAACAUUACUUUGGAAGAGGCACUGCUGCAGACAGAUUAUGGACUCCAUCGUUUGCUGGUAAAAGUGAGUGAUCAUGGUUAUCCCGAACCUCUCUAUUCCACUGUCAUGGUGAACCUCUUUGUUAAUGACACUGUCAGUAAUGAGAGCUACAUUGAGAGUCUUUUAAGAAAAGAACCUGAAAUUAAUAUAGAGGAGAAAGAACCACAGAUCUCAAUAGAACCAACUCACAGGAAAGCCGAAUCUGUGUCCUGUAUGCCCACCUUAGUCGCUCUUUCUGUAAUAAGCUUGGGUUCUAUCACACUGGUAACAGCGAUGGGAAUAUACAUCUGCUUAAGGAGAGGGAAAAAGCAUCCCAAGGAAGACGAAAAUUUGGAAGUACAAAUUCCACUAAAAGGAAAAAUUGACUUGCACAUUAGAGAGAGGAAACCGAUGGAUAUUUCCAACAUUUGA